AUGCACUGCGAGUCGGAGGGCUUCUGCCAGCACUGCAAGGCCUGGGUCCACGUGCCGAUGGGCGAACGGUUGCCGAUGGUCAUUUCCGGUUCUUGCAUCUUCUGCUCCCUCAACCUGACAUACUACGGGAAAACCGACGAGGAGCAGCAGGAGGACGAGUGGGUCGAGACGUUGGCCAUCUUCUCGCGGCCGCACGCCCGCUACAAGACCCCGCUCGGCGAGCAUCGGGCAGCCCCGGAGCUCCAGGUCUACCAACGCAAACCGACGCGAGUCUCGAUUAGAGCCGUCUUGGACAAGCAGAAGGACAAAGAAGCGCCCGUUCCCCAGAAUCAACUCAUCUUCCAAGUCGACCCAGGCUGCCAGCGUGGCGACGAGGUCCAAAAGUGCAUGGAGAAGGACGCGGAGGAGCUGAUGCAAAAGCCGACGGCCGACUGGCCCCUCGAUCUGGCCCACAUGCUCCAUCGGCUCAUGGAGAAGAUGACCGACAAGAAGUACGCGGUUGUCGUGCCCGCGCGUGGCAUCACCAUCGGCGGCGAGAACUUUGUGCUGGGCACGCUGGUGACCAAGUUGACGCUCAAUGUGCAGCACAGCGACUUGAAGCUGAUGCUCGUCGCUAUUGAGGUGACACAAAUCCAGGUGACGCCGCAACAGGAGCGCGAACUCGAAGUCGAGCCGACCCCCUACACCAACAGCUAUCAAUCCGGCCGUUGUCGCCCACCUCCCGGCACCACGCCCGCCAAGCUGAAGCCGGCCUCCCAGCUGCGACCAAUGAUUGCCGCUGAUUUGAGAACCCCGAAUCGCACCACCACCACGAUUCACACCGCCACCACCAUGCAGAGCAUGCCCACUGAGUUCUCGGCCAUCCAGACGCCCACCGCGCGCGCCGCCCUCAACAAGUCGAAGGGACAUGGGAAACGCUCCGUCACCACGAUCACCACCAACACGGCCGUCCAG